CUCUCCCGCGGUGCGCGCCGGCCCUGCCCCAGCCGAGGGCACGCGCGGCCAGGGCCGCAGCUGGGAGCCCCGCGCCUCGCGGACGGCCGCGCGACUCGGGUGAGCACCUCGCAGGCCUCAGUUUGUAAGGUCUCUGGAGAGUCAGCCACCUGGUCUCCUGAUAAGCUUCCUAAAGAAAUCUUUCUAGGAGCAGUGUGAGGAAGACAGAAGAGCCCUCUGGACUGGCAAAGCCACCUACCAAGCACUGCUGCCACCAUGCCCAAGAGAAAGGCAAAAGGGGAUGCUAAAGGUGACAAAGUGAAGGUGAAAGAUGAGCCACAGAGGAGAUCAGCACGGUUGUCUGCUAAACCUGCCCCCCCAAAACCAGAGCCCAGGCCUAAAAAGGCCCCUGCAAAGAAGGGAGAGAAGCUGCCCAAAGGGAGAAAGGGGAAAGCAGAUGGUGGCAAGGACGGGAACAACCCUGCGAAAAACCGAGAUGCCUCCACGGUCCAGUCACAGAAAGCAGAAGGCACCGAGGAUGCCAAGUGAAGUGUACUUUUUUGAUAGCUCUGUACUUCUGGUGACUCUGCUGUUUGAAAUACUAUUUUUUUUUAAAUCAACUUUUAUAAAAAUGUAGAAUUUUUUUCUUUUUAAGUUAUGUUGUUAGCACACAGGACACUUUGGUGUUGUCUUUUGUGGAAAGGGCAAAUACCACUAAUAGAAUGUUUCAGAAGCUGGAUUAAAAUUGGGGAAAAUAGGA